GACCAUUGCCCCACGCCCUCCCACCUUUUCUUUAGACCUCAACUUCGAUGCGGGUGGGGGUUUGGUGUCCUAAGGAGACUCCUGGAAGCUGAAUGGAAAGGAGGAGGAAGAAAAUGAAGAAGGAGUGAUUGAAUGCCGGGCAAGGGACAGGCUGCGCUGCUGUGGCUCCCUAGCCUGAGGGGCCUGCUGUCCCUCUGAGGCCUAGUGAAAAAGCUGCAGGAGGUGCAUCCUCCACCUCUAAUCUUGGAGGCUAUUAGCUCACCUCCAAGCACUGAGCUGGGUUCCUGCCCAAUUCCAUCCUUCCCUGAGGGAGAGAAGGGAAGUGAAAAGUAGAAUAACUCCCUACCAUUUCCCUCUUUUUCUCCUCAUCGGCCAGCCCCUCCUCCAGCCCCCUCUGGUGGCAUGCCAUGCCAAGAGCAACGUGUAAAGGAACAGAGAAUAUCCAAUGCAGUCAAGUCCACCCCGCCCAGACUUUGCCACUGCCUUCUCCCACCCUUCUGUCUCCCCCACAAUAGUUUAUUUGGUUGGUCUGGACUCACUUGUGGCCUUUGAUUAAAUUCCUAAGGGGCCUGAAGAAGACAUUUCUACUGCAGAGGGUUAGAGGCACUUGAGCAAGGCCCCCACACCCCAACUCUGGGAGUUGUGGUCGGGGGAGGCACUUCUUGGGGAUAGGACCAGACAAGAUAACAGGAGCUCACAAGGAAGCAGAAGCUGUGACAAGUUUAGUAGUCUCAAAAUGGGUUAUGUCCCUUCCCCCUUCACAUCAGAAUCUUGUGAAAUGGGAAAACAACAGAAGGAGGGGAUCAAAGAAAGCUGAUCUCACAUGCUUCCCAGGCAGGGCAGAGGUGGGAGUCAAACCUGGGUGACAGGUGGGUGGAGAGCCCUGUUUGAGGUUGUGGUUGAUCCCUCUCUGGUAUUAGCUUUUCCCCUGGGAGCAGGAAGCCCUAGGAAGAGGGGACUGUAGGGUCCCCAGGGGAUCUUUCCUCCCUCCCCUGCAUGAGGCAGAGGCAAGCUGCCUGCCAACCCCCUCCCUCAAGGAAUGGCCUUGCCCGGGAAUGCCCACCACACAUACCCUCUUUUUUUCUAGUCAAACUCUGUUUAUUCCUUGGCUUGCCUCCCUCCUUCCUCCCCUCUCAACCUUUACUUCUGAUUUCUAUUUCAUGGAAUUUGGGAUUGAAGUUAAACUACAACAGUGCCGCCAACACCAAGUCUUGCAGGAAAAAAAUACAAAGAAAUUUAACAAAAAAAAAAUAUAUUAAUAAAAAAGUUCAAAAAAGGGGGGGGAUUGUCAUCUCCUUUGGGGUGCGAUGGCUUCAAAUCCAAACUGAGGCUCUCCGGGUGGUGACGAUGUGCGAGGAGGCCUCUUGAAGAACUCCAGGCCUAUCAUGCUGUCUGUCCGCUAAAGCCUGAGGCUCGAGGUCAGAGGAUCCAGGAAGGCUCUGCAGUCGGCCCAGGAGGGCGGGGUCCCGUGGUGGAGGCGGGGAGAGGGAAGGACCGCACGGAUCACCAACCCCUGCUCUGCCCCGUACCAGGAAGCGCUGGGGGGCAGAGGAGCGGAGUUGAGGCAGAAGCCAGGUGAGGCUGGAGUCGUGGGGGUAGGCAGGCUGUCGCUGCCGCUGCCUGAGAUGGAAAUCGGGGGAGGAAGCUCGCGGAAGAAACAGCGGAGGGUCGUGGAAAGAAAGCAAUGGCUAAGCUAGGGAUGGGGUACCAGGUAGGGGGAGGAAACGGGAGAAAUAGGUGGGGCUCCAGCGCAUGCUCAAUAGGAAGGGGCGCCGGUAGGGUGUCGACGCAUGCGUAGUGGGCUUCUCGGGCGGUGGGGUGGUCGCGGAAUUUGGAGACCUACUUCGGGAAAGGUAAAAUGCGGGAGCAAUUUUAGGGUACCUGUGGGACCUGGGCUCUUAGGGUCCUGACACAGGACGCGCCUGGGCCGAAAACCCAGGCACGCCCGGCCAGAGAGUGUUUCUUCACUCCCGGACUCUGCCAGUCAGAAUGGUGGCGCCUUCGCUGAAGCUUCAGGACCUCAUCGAAGAGAUUCGCGGGGCCAAGACUCAGGCCCAGGAGCGGGAGGUGAUCCAAAAGGAGUGCGCCCACAUCCGGGCCUCCUUCCGCGAUGGGGACCCAGUGCACAGGCACCGGCAGCUGGCCAAACUGCUCUACGUCCACAUGUUGGGCUACCCCGCCCACUUUGGACAGAUGGAGUGCCUGAAACUGAUCGCCUCCUCCAGAUUCACAGACAAGAGGGUGGGCUACCUGGGGGCCAUGCUUCUAUUGGAUGAGAGGCACGAUGCCCACCUGCUCAUUACCAACAGCAUCAAGAAUGACCUGAGCCAGGGGAUUCAGCCAGUACAAGGCCUGGCCUUGUGCACUUUGAGCACCAUGGGCUCUGCUGAGAUGUGCCGAGACCUGGCCCCAGAGGUGGAGAAACUGCUCCUGCAGCCCAGUCCCUACGUGCGCAAGAAGGCUAUUCUGACUGCAGUGCACAUGAUCCGGAAGGUCCCUGAACUCUCCAGCGUCUUCCUCCCACCCUGUGUCCACCUGCUUCACGAGCGUCACCAUGGUAAGGCUGUGGGGCUCCCCAUCCUUUGCUUCAGCUCUGUGGACAGAAGAAUUGAAAAUUGGAUGGGAACACCAGCUCAUAGGAGAAGGGUAGCGGACACACACAGGCACACACGCAAUAGACUCUCUUGCCCCUGGCCCCCACCAUUCACUUCCCCGACCCUGACCCCAGGCAUCCUGCUGGGCACCAUCACGCUGAUCACGGAGCUCUGCGAACGAAGCCCUGCAGCCCUCAGGCACUUCCGAAAGGUGGUACCCCAGCUGGUACAGAUCCUCCGGACUCUGGUGACAACGGGAUACUCCACAGAACACAGCAUAUCUGGAGUCAGCGACCCCUUCCUGCAGGUCCAGAUACUUCGUCUGCUUCGGAUCCUGGGCCGGAACCACGAGGAGAGCAGUGAGACCAUGAAUGACUUGCUGGCCCAGGUGGCCACUAACACAGACACCAGCCGAAAUGCCGGGAAUGCGGUCCUGUUUGAGACAGUACUCACCAUCAUGGAUAUCCGCUCUGCAGCUGGCCUACGGGUUCUAGCUGUCAACAUUCUUGGCCGCUUCCUACUCAACAGUGACAGGAACAUUAGGUAUGUAGCCCUGACAUCAUUGCUUCGACUGGUGCAGUCUGAUCACAGUGCUGUGCAGCGGCAUCGGCCCACUGUGGUGGAUUGUCUACAGGAAACUGAUGCCUCCCUCAGCCGGAGGGCCCUGGAACUAAGCCUGGCUCUGGUAAAUAGCUCCAAUGUGCGAGCCAUGAUGCAAGAGCUGCAGGCCUUUCUGGAGUCCUGCCCGCCUGACCUACGGGCUGACUGUGCCUCAGGCAUCCUGCUAGCUGCAGAAAGGUUUGCUCCCACCAAACGCUGGCACAUAGACACCAUCCUGCAUGUGCUGACCACGGCAGGUACCCAUGUGCGGGAUGAUGCAGUGGCCAACCUGACCCAGCUGAUUGGGGGGGCCCAGGAGCUACAUGCCUACUCUGUGCGCCGCCUCUACAAUGCCCUGGCAGAAGACAUUUCCCAGCAACCACUGGUGCAGGUGGCAGCCUGGUGCAUUGGGGAAUAUGGGGACCUCCUGCUGGAGGGGAACUGUGAGGAGAUUGAGCCCCUUCAGGUGGACGAAGAGGAAGUACUGGCAUUGCUGGAAAAGGUGCUGCAGUCCCAUAUGUCCCUGCCAGCCACUCGAGGAUAUGCCCUCACAGCCCUCAUGAAACUCAGCACUCGCCUCCAAGGGGACAAUAACCGCAUCCGCCAGGUGGUGUCCAUCUACAAGAGCUGCUUGGACGUAGAGCUGCAACAGCGGGCUGUGGAGUAUGACACACUCUUCCGGAAGUACGAUCACAUGAGGGCUGCCAUCCUGGAAAAAAUGCCUCUUGUGGAGAGAGAUGGCCCUCAGGCUGAUGAGGAAGCAAAGGAAAGCAAAGCAGCAGCCCAACUUUCAGAAGCAGUCCCAACACCCACAGAGCCCCAGGCCUCACAGCUCCUGGAUCUGCUAGAUCUCCUGGAUGGGGCUUCUGGGGAUGCCCAGCAUCCUCCCCCUCUGGACCCCUCCCCUGGAGGUGCCCUGGUAUACCUGCUGGACCUUCCCUGUGCACCUCCACCCCCAGCUCCCAUCCCAGAUCUCAAAGUGUUUGAGCGUGAGGGAGUACAGCUGAAUCUGUCUUUCAUUCGACCCCCUGAAAACCCUGCUUUGCUGUUAAUCACCGCCACUGCCACCAACUCCUCAGAGGGUGAUGUCACCGAUUUCAUCUGCCAGGCUGCUGUGCCCAAGAGUCUCCAGCUCCAAAUGCAGGCCCCCAGUGGGAACACAGUUCCAGCUCGGGGUGGCCUUCCUAUCACCCAGCUCUUCAGAAUCCUCAAUCCUAACAAGGCCCCUGUGCGGCUAAAGCUGCGCCUCACCUACAACCACUUUCACCAGUCAGUGCAGGAGAUCUUUGAGGUGAACAACUUGCCUGUGGAAUCGUGGCAGUAACUGUCUCCAUCACAGCCUGAAAUUCUCCUGUGUCCCAAACCCCAGCGGGCCCCAGCCGCUUGAAACCUACACCUGAGGGCUACCAGCAGGUGGCACUCUGGCUUUGCACUGCAAAAACUGGGGACCAGCCCCCUUCUCCCACAAAUAAAGCCCAAUAAAGCCUGAGAGGGGAGGAAAGCCA